UGGUGCCAUAUCUAUGAUCAGUAACAUCUAGGUAAAUCAAGUAAAUCAAGGUUAAAAAAAUCCAAAAACCAAAAAAGAUGGCUUAUAAACGUCAUGAGGGCUCCAUAUCUCAUCUGACAGAGAAGGAGUUAUCACCGUCAAUUCCCCGUUUUUUCCAUGUACUGAAUGAUGCUCAUGUCUUACAUGCACUGCGCUUGCCAUCUUCAUUUGCUCCAAAGGUGGAGCACUUGGUGGACCAAGAAAUCCUCCUUGAGGAUUUAUGUGGGCAGAUAUGGCCUGUGACUCUAUCAUAUGUUGACAAUGCAUUAUCAUUCGCAUUGGGAUGGGAAAUAUUUUAUAGGGACCAUGCUCUUGAGGGGGGAUGUUCCUUGAUAUUUAACUAUGUAGGAGAGAGGCACAUGUCUGUUCAAAUAUAUGAUCCAAGUGGUUGCGAAAGAACUUGCUUCACCUAUCCAGUGCGACAACUGAACAAUCAGAACUGCUAUAAUGUUGGGGUUGAGGAGAUUUCUGAAAUGGGAUCAGCUCCUCGAACUGCAGCCAUGGGAUGCCUCAAAGAAAGGGAGUCUCUAUUUCCGAUAUCCAUAAUGGGUUUGGGAAGCCGAUGGGAGGUAUUGCCAAGGAGAAAAUGGGUGCCUCCGGGCAAAGAAGGAGCGCCUGAAGAAGAAAAAAGAGAGGAAGAACAAGAAGCCAGCUUCGCCGCUGCUGCCGGAGAAGCUGGAGGAGGAGAUCACGCCGUGCCCGCCGCCGUCGUUGCCGGAGAAGAAAGAGGAGAAGUAGAGAUGCCAAUGCUGUCACUGCCGGAGAAGGAGGAAGAGGAGGAGCAAAACCUGCCGCAAACGCUGUUGCACCGCCGCCAUCGCCGUUGCCGCCGCCGCCGAAGAGAAGAAACAGCUGCCGGCGACCUUGUUAAGAUUUGA